AGGAAAUGACUGAGAGAAAGAAAAAAAAAAGAAAAAAAAAGACAUACGGAAUGUGUGGUCUGCGCAGCUUCAUCCACAGACGCAAGAGUCGGCAGACAGCAUUGCCGGCCUGGCAGCCCCGACACGAAGGGAGUGACCAUGGACACAUCGUGAACGACCUUGGCAAACCUUGGACCAUCGAGAUGCACAUGGCGCCGAAUACCAGUGCUCGCACGGUGACGACCGAGAGGAGCCGUGCGUACCUCAAGCGAGGCAAAUGCGCUGUCUGCCUGUCGGACCGGAAGCGCCAACAACUGUGUGAGGGUGUGGGAGCUCCCGUCGUGCAUUACGCCCACCGACAUGCCGAGCGCCGCCACGAAGGAGUGUGACGGCCCCCCGAGGUUGCGAGAGCCGCCAUCAUUGAACUCUUUCCAAGAUGCUGGAGGGAGAUACGUCUUCUCAAUUGCCCGACCUUACCCCGCCGGCUUGCCACCGUGACAGGCCCCUAGUCGCCGG